AUGGCGCCGCUCCAUAAAUCCAGCAAUAAACGACCAGCACCGUCUCAGGCUGGAUCAAAAUCCAAAAAACCCCACAUAGAGACCUCAACAACUGAUAAAAAGCGGAGUCGGCCCGUUACACAACCUGUCGCAGUGCAAGAGACAGGAUCGGACUCGGAGGAGGACUUUGAGAAUGCAGACAGCGGGGGCGAAGACGACGAUGUCGCGCUAGCAAGAGAACAGGACGAGAACUCAAUGCAAGUGGACAUAAAACCCAAAGACCCAAACGCUGCUCGUGAAUCACAUAAAGCUCAGAAAGCGCUGUUUGAUCAACGACGUGCUGCGAAACCCAAUUCAUCUCUCCUAGUCGAGGCCAAGAAGGUUUGGUCACUCGCUCGACAGAAAAACCUCAAGCCAGCGGAACGCCAAAAACACUUGAGGAGCCUCAUGGACGUGAUCCGAGGAAAAGUGAAGGAUAUCGUCUUCAAGCAUGACGCCAGCCGGAUAGUGCAAACGGCUGUAAAACACGGAGGCCAGAAGGAGCGGGACGAGAUCGCGGUUGAGCUGAAGGGAAAGUACAGGGAAUUGGCGCAGAAUAAAUACUCGAGGUUCCUCGCGACGAAGCUCAUUCGAUUCUGCCCAGCUCAUCGAGCAUCGAUCCUUCUCGAGUUCCAAUCGCAAGUUAUCCGAAUGCUGCUGCACAAAGAGGCAUCUUCUGUACUCGCAGACGCGUUCGAGCUUUACGCCAAUGCGUACGAGCGGACGAUUUUGCUACGAGAAUUUUACGGAAAAGAGGCCUCUUUAUUCUCAGUGACACAUGGCAGUGAGGAAGACAAGACACGGGCGAAGAAGGGACUCAACGGUGUUCUUGAAGGGGCAGACAGCGAGAGAAGGAGAAGAAUACUUGCCGCCCUCAAGGAUAUUCUCAUGAAUAUUUUCAACAAUUCCGAUAAAGGUGCCGUAACGCACGUUAUAGUCCAUCGUGCGUUGUGGGAGUACCUUUCUGCGAUCAAUGAAUCUCCAGAUGAAGCAGAGAGGGAAAAACUCAGAAGAGAAAUUUUCGACAGCUGUCAGGAACUCCUGGCUGAGAUGGUUCACACAAGGGAUGGCAGUCGAAUCGUUCGCGAAUUUCUGGCGCAGGGCACAGCGAAGGAUCGAAAACAGAUUCUCAAAGUCCUGAAACCUCACAUAGAACGCAUGUGUCUAGAUGAUGAGGCACAGCUCGUCCUUUUCACCGCUCUAGAUGUUACUGAUGACACCAAACUGCUUGCCAAAGGUCUGGUAUCGGCUAUCACAGUGUCAGCACCAAAACUCUACAACAGCACCCAAGGACGUCGUAGUCUACUCUACCUCGUCGUUCCACGGACAAGACGACACUUCACGCCUGCCCAAAUUGCGUCAUUGGCGGAGACCGACGCAGCUCGGUCACGGACGAGCAAGAAGAGUGCGGAGAGCAGAGAAGAGGAGGUGCGCCGGGCAGCGAGUGAGGACCUGCUUCGGUGGAUCACUGAGUCUGGGGAGAACCUAGUUAGAGAACCGAGUGGAAGCUUGGUGGUUGGUGAAGUCAUGUUGCAUGCUGAAGGAGAUAAAGCUGAUGCGAUCCAAGCGCUACUGAAAGCCCUCGCCUCUCCUUCAACGACAGACCCUCAUCCAAUAGAUCUCCCACCAACAUCUCGACUGUACAAAACUCUCCUUCAAGGCGGCCACUACAAUCACUCCACUGUCUCUGUUGAACGGGUGCCUACAUCACUGUGGGAUUCUACGGUUUUCGCACAGGAGUUUGUCAAAACCGUUGGUCGGGAUCAGACGGUGGGCAUGUGCAGAGGAGAGGGAAACGGCGCGUUUGUUGUUGCUGAGCUCUGCGACGCAUUGCUGCGGGGAGAAGCAAAGGAAGUGAGAAAGGAAGUGAAGAACUGGUUUGGAAAGGAUGUGGUUAAGGAGAUUGAGGGCAGUGAGGCCAAGGGAAAGAAGGUCCUUCUUGAGAAGUUGUCGUUGCUCUGA